GCAACUGUUAUUAUGGUUGAUUUGGAUGCAUAUGUUAUUGGACCAUUUCUUCACUGGGGAGUGUUCAAUAUACCAGUUAAUGUUUUAGCAGACGGUUACCAAGGAGACGAUAAAGGUUACAGGGAGUUCCCAUGGCAACCACUUGUGCCUCUAAGUCCAACUGGUAAUCACAGAUACACAUUCUUUACAUUUUGCCAAGAUAAUGAAGUGCCAGAGCAAAUACCUCGAAGAAAUAUUUUUUCGAUUUUCCUUGACAGAAUAUUUUUCAACACUACCGAAUUCCAGAAGUCGCACAACUUUGGAGACCCAGUAGCGUGCAAUUUUUUCAUUCAAACGUUAUACGGAAGCAUAAGUUUAUUUUCAUUGUUUUAAAACUGCUUGACAAGAAGUCUUUGCAUAUAAACUGCAUCAUUGCUUUACAUAAAAUAUUUCUUAAAUAGACAAUAAAACGUUUUUUUUAAUAA